UCAGGGAGCCAAUGGUGCUCUACUGCUCUGAAAUCGAGCUCAAAUUCGAAGCUCCAUCAAGUCUCACUCGCUUCCCGUCUCGAGUGCCACUGUUGCUCUACUGAGAAACACAAGCUGCCCUUCGUCAGUUCGUUGUUUACAUUACUAUGUUUUCUAUUUGGCUGCUGAUUCCUUGAAGGAAAUAUCAUUAUCAUACAUAUUCUGAAACCUAUAAUUUACAACCUAUUUUGCCGAGAGAGGGAGACACGGGAAUAGAAAUAUUGUCACCGGAUUCAGGCACUGGUGUGUCGGAGCAGGCGAUCAGCACGGAAAAAGUGGCGGAGCAGCAGUCUCAUUCAGUUUGCUUUAGGUAUAAUCUAGUCCGUGCAGAAUCAUUGUCUUCACUUAAACGAGACGAGCUACUUCAUUUUGUAGUUCAGCUGUUUGAAACAAUUCCUCUUUGGUAUGUAUGUUUUUCUGCAGUUAAAACUUGAGUGAAAAAUCCUCUCUUCGGAAUUGCUCGUGUCGUUAUGGAUAAAGCUGAGCUUGAAAGUUUCCUGAAAGUUCUUCCCCCAGUAGACUUCUGCUGUGUCUAUGGCUCAGCUCUUCAUACAAACAAUCGUGACAUGUCAACCAUGGUGGAUUACAUUCUCGGUGUAUCAAAUCCUGAACAAUGGCAUUCUCAGAAUCUACAAAUGAACAAAAAUCACUACGCUUCAUGGAUGGUGCAUCUUGGAGGGCCAAAACUGAUUACUGAAAUUGCGGAUGAAAUUGGUGUCGGAGUACACUUUAACCCUUUUGUUACUUGGAAUCACAAGAUGCUCAAAUAUGGGGUUGUUCGGAUGCAUGACUUGAUUAAGGACAUACUCAAUUGGGAAAGAUUCUACUUGAGUGGUCGUUUACAGAAACCGGUUCAUAUACUUGUGGAUAACCUGGAUAUAGAAAAUGUAAACUCUGCUAAUUUAAAGGCUGCAAUGACUGCUGCCCUCCUCCUUUUGCCACCGAAAUUCACUGAGGAAGAUCUUUAUGCCAAAAUAUGUAGCCUCUCAUAUAUGGGUGACUUGCGAAUGCUUUUUGCAGAAGACAGAAAUAAGGUGAAGAAGAUUGUACAAGGGCAAUUUGAUUUAUUCCAGUCAAGGUAUAGGCCAUUUCUUGAAGAGUAUGAGGCUAAGGAGUUGUUGAGAUUCAUGUCGUCUGGAAGUGGCCAAACAAAUGUUUCUCAGGAUUGUGGCUUAUCAGCAGCUCGCUCUCUUGUUAGUUCCCUUCCUCCAAUGGUUAGAAGCAAAAUGGGCAUGAAGCUAGGGCAGGAGAAAAAGCUGGUAGAAUCUGGUCGAGUAAUACAUGAAGUUUCAAUUGGCUCAAGAGAAGAGGCUGCAAAAUGCAUGCAGAAGGUUCUGAGGCGAACAGUCAUGGUUUCAAGUGCAAGGCAGGCUGUCUCUGGUCUACUAACUGUUGGUGGAGUUAACGCUGUUAGAUAUCUUUCUAACAAAAUGCGCAAGGCUUGGAAAUCCUUGAGAUGAGGCUACCUUUAAGUUUUAUGAGAAAUUUUAUUUAUCAACCUCUCAAGCCUAUUCCUUUGUGGCUGGCCCCUGCACUUAGCGGUAGAGUUAUGCUAAAUAACGACGAUUGAUCACUGAUAGCCUGAGAUUAUAAACUAACAAUUCCACAUGGGCUUGCCUGGAUGUCCUAAUCAACUCAACUUGUUUGUUUGCA